AUGGACUUUAAAUCCUUUCCCUCUCCUCUCCAUGUCGGGCCGACCAAGCGCACCUUCGACGACGAGCUCCAGCAAUCGCCGACUGCGAAACGCGCGAAGCGGGUCAGGCCCAACAGGAAGGACCGCUUUAAGGAGCCUAAAGGUGACAAGGAGUCGAAUGGCAACGUCAAUGAGAAGGACCGGAUGAGCUCCGACAACGUCUCUGGCACAGGCACUGCCUGGAAGGAAACUCCUAUUAUUCCUCCGAUGCCGUCUGCGUUCGAGAGGAUCCUUGAAGCCCAUGCGUCAAAGUCUGCCGAGAACUCGCAGAAGAGUGAACCCAAGAAAAAAGUGUUUAAAAAGAACGACGUCGAGAAGAACCUCAAGAAGAGCGAGUCUAGGAACAGAGAAGUGAAGAAGAACGAAGCCAAGGCUACGAAAGACACGGAAAAUAGCGCGGAGUGGCUGAGCGCAACAGAGGCCAAGCACCAGUACCCUUUCAACAAAGGCACCUCAGAGGUUCCCGCCAUCGCCGGCCCUUCCAAGAUUAAGAUUAGCAAGAAGAAGCCCGCCAACGAACACAAGGAGCUCACGCCCGUCAGCAACUUCACCCCGACCCGCGACUACACCUUCAAGGCUGGUGGUGGUGGUAGUGGUGAUGGGGAGGGAGGUGGUGGUUCGGCUGCGGCCAGGGAGGUCCGCGAGAAGGUGAACAGGAGUAUGCUGCAGUCGCGCAAGACGCUGGAGCGGUGCUUGGGGAGUUAUACCGUGGAUAUGGAGCGCGCUGGGACCCGGGAGGAGGUGGCCAAGUAUGGCGGCCUGGCGGUGCAGUAUGCGGGGGAUUUGUUCAAGACGCUGGGUUGA